GUGGAAACACCUCAUUUACACACAUUUUAGUGCGUCCAUUUCACGAUUUCCUUCUCCUUUUUCGGCAACUCACGCAAAUGACGGCAAGUGCCACAUCACAUCACGACACAGCUGAAUGCAUGACGCAUACACACAUCUGUCCAGCAAUUCACCAGACUCUCACCAGACACUCACUCGGACAGACGCCCAACCACCACUCUCUCCCUCUCUCUUCGUCUCCCCCCCGCAUAUCCAAAACUCACCACUGCCACCAGCCUUUCCACGUUUUCUUGUGGUCGAGAGCCCACGAGGGCGACAUCAUAUCACGGUACAGAUAAUCCCCCCUCGGAAUGUCAUUCCAGAAUCGACUCAGAAAAAAGUACAGCCGCACACCCACACCCACCAUCCGCAGGAUGGUUGUGGGCGUCGGCAGCCACGGCCGCAGUGUGGGCUCCCGGCCGUUCCUGAUGCACUGGAUAGCGCGCGGCGUCCGGCCAUCGCUCUCGUACCCGUUCGUGGCCGAGUAGUAUCGCGACGAUCGGCCGAUGCUCCUCUUGUCGCUCCGCUCGCUCUCGCUCUCAAACUCGCUGUCGCCCGUUUCCGGAUCGACCAGGGGAGACCUCUCGGUCGGCCUCGACUGUCGCUGGUCGUUUCUCCUCCACUGCGCGCGCGGCCUCCGUGUCAUGACCAUCUCAUAAUGCUCCACAUAUGACAGGGUGCGCGCGAAGAAGAAGGGCGACAGCAACAGGUGGAUCUCCCACACAUGGUAGAUGAUGGAGAAGACCAGGGACGACCAAGGGUCCUCCGGUGAGCUGAAGGAUGAUCUUGGGCCGCCCGGGCGUGCGAAGGGCAGCAUGUGGUCGAGGAACUGGACGGCUGCGUUAGGCAGUGGCAUGGUGAAGUACAGAGCGAUGCAGACGAGGAGGGUCCACAUGGCCGUGGCGAGGGAGGUGUAGAUCAUGUCCUUGAACUGCCCUCCCACGCGGCCGACGAACCGACGUGUGUCGUAGAAGGGGUUGUAGAAGAACAGAGUCUCCAGGAACAGCGGCACAGUCACCUUAUAGACACACACACAGACAGAACGCCCAUCCAUCCAUCCAUCCCUCCUUCCGCAGUCUUUCUGUCAUGCUUACCCCACAGGACCAUAUAAGAGUUGAUCCCACACACAGGUUGCGGAAUCUGGGACCCUUCUCAUUCUCAGGGGUGAGCUGCUUCGCCGUCAGCAGCACCUCCACCAGCACCAGCGGCAGGGUGUGGAACCGCCCAAUCAAGCCCCCGAAAAGGCAGACACACACCCAGCAGGUAUGAUAGACGAAGGCGUAACAGACCUCUAUCAUGCUGGCUGGGACACCACAGCUGAGCACACGGUAUCACGUGGCCUGCCUCUGCUGCUGCUGCCGCUGCUGCUGGUGCUGGUGGUGGUGGUGAUAAUCCGUGGCCGCCGCCUGCUGCCUUCCGAAAGCACUCGGUCGCUGCCGUAUCACAUCACACUUGCAUCACAGUUGCACAAAGAUCUCCAGAGCUCAGCUGCUUGCAAAAUGAUUGAUCUCACCUCAGAAGUGUUAAGCGCACCGACGGAGCAGCUCACAGGUGCAGAUCUGUCCUCC